AUGCUAAAAGAUGCCAAUCAUCGUCAUCCGAAUAUUAAGAUAACCUCGAAAAUUGAGAAUCCUACUUCAUUUUUGGACGUUAAGUUAACCAAUAUCGGUACGAAUUUCCUAACAUCUGUAUAUCAUAAAGAAGCCGCUGAACCUUACGUUGUCCCAUUCCAAUCGGAUCAUGCACGACAUGUCUUCGUGAAUAUUAUCGAAUGUGCACUACUUCGUGCUCUUCGUUAUUCAUCGAAUUUAACUGAAUUCAACCAUGAACGACGUGCUAUCAAAUUAAUGUUACUUUACAAUGGUGAUAUUCCUACACGUCAUUUCGCUAAUAUUGAUAAUAUUUCUAUUACUCCAUCACCAAUCGAUCGAAGACCACGAUUAUUUCGACCGGGUACAAUUAUUACUUCGGAUCGAUUUGAAGAGAUUGUCAACGAAGUUUAUGCUGAAAAGUCUUCUCAUCAUCCAAUCGACACUGAUCAUAAAGAUGAAAAUCUCGAUGUCGUCCUUUCACAAAUGAGAGAGCGGGAGAUCGAAUGUCUUACACAAUUCAUUAUUUCUCGACCACCAGAACAUGAUGAAAUGGUCCAAGUAUUACUCAGUCAAUUAAAUUUACCAAUACAUACCAGUCAACAACAGGAGAUUAGUGAAUUGUCGUCAUCAUCAGCACCACCGCCACUGACAACAACUAUUCUGUCACAGAAUCCAUAUCCACCCAUACAUCAAACAGGUUUAGUGAGAGAUCAUGAUCGUCCUUAUGCUGAUUAUGGUCAUCUCAAUCGAGAAACCAUUGCUCAAGAAUGUCAAUUUAAUCUUGAACUACCGUCAUCAUCAUCAUCAACAGCAGCAGCAGCAGCGGCAGCUCCAUCGACAAUAUCAAAAUCGAUUCGUUUGCAUGCGAAAUCUUUCGCAAUUACAUCAUGGACAGAAAUCUCAAAAGAGAUCGUCUUCGAUUAUAUCAAACAUGAAUUUGGUAUUGAAAAUAUUCAAUAUAUAUGUAUUGGUGAAGAAAUCAGCGAAUUGAAUCAUCGACGACAUUUACAUAUACAGAUCAUAUUGAAAGAGAAAAUCGAUCGUAGAAAACCUUUCCUCGAUGAUAUUACUCGUACACGAUGCAAUUAUCAAGUGACACAGAAUGAUUUAGCAUGGAAUGAAUAUGUUAAGAAAGGUGACAAUUACAUCGAAUUCAAUGAGUUUAAAUCAACUCGGAUACGUAGUCAGAAGCAAUGGCCAUCUGAAUCUACAACAGCAUCCACAUUGGUAACACCAGUACCACACAUCUCUUUACCAACAACAACAACAACAUCUAUAGUUGAUCGAUCUGUUCUACCAACAGUUCCUCGAACAACAACAACAACAGUUCGUGGACAAGCCGAAGAACGACGUCAAAAACGAAUUGAAAUAGCGAAUCGUGUCCUACAAUUAGCUGAGACGAAUGUUCAUAGUGCCAUGGACUAUCUUCGACAAGCGAGUGCUGAUCGAUUCCUCGAUCAUGGUUCAUGGUAUCUAGGAACAUUAAAAUAUGUCCAUUUACGGGCUCAACAAAGUCUACAACGACGAAAUACAAUCGAUAAAAAAUAUUGUUGGCCUCUGUCAUUUCCUGAUUGUACACUACAACUUCGUACUACUAUUGAUCGUUGGAUCAAACAUCAUUUUUCUCGUACUUCACGUGCAAAAUGUCUCAUCAUCAUUGGUCCUACUGGUGUUGGCAAAACAUCUUUUGCUUUAUCGUUACCUGGCCAAGUGAAUUAUUAUCAAGGAAGAUGGAAUCUUGAUCGAUGGAAUGAUUAUGCUCGAUAUUCUGUAUACGAUGAUAUUCCAUGGGAUGAUUUUGAAAAAUUAGGUUUUCCACCAAAACAAAGUCUACUCACACAACAAGAAAAUCCUGUCUUUGCGACUGAUAAAUAUCGCCCGAGCAAAGACAUCAAUGUGCGACAACCAGCGAUUGUUCUUCUCAAUCCUCAACAUGUUGGAUCAUUGCUUGCCGAACCUAUUGAUGAAAAUCAAAAGCGAUCAUCUGAGUAUUGGCAACAACGAGCUGUGAUUUACAUUAUGAAAUCUGAUGAAUACUUCUAUCGACGUCGUUCAAAGCGAAAUCAAGUUACCACUGAUGAUACUCAAAGUUCGACUGAUUCAUCACUGAGUAGCAAUGAAGCAAGAAUGGGAGACGUGGAUGAAUUUGAAAAAAUGUAUCAACACUACCGACAAACCCAUCCUGACACAUAG